AUGACGACUGCGGUAUCUGUGGGCACUCUUCCCUCGGGAUUCGUACUGCAAGUAAUUACAGCAUGUCCACCAAAGGAUCGCGAUGCGUUGGCACCUACAGUAGCCAAACUCGAAAAGAAGAUCUUCCCAUCGAGCGAGGCCUUCGACUACAGUGUUGAGCUGAAGAAGAAGAACAUCGGUCUUAUCCUGGCCUCAAGAGAAGGGAACCAGGAGCUUGUGGGUUACCUCGUGUUCCAAAGACAAAAAGGUCUGGCCUGGCUACACAAGCUGGCCGUCAUUGAGCAAGAGAGGGGCAAAGGUAUCGCCAGGUGUCUCGUAAAUUCUCUUUGCCAGCAAAUGAAGAAGGGGGGCUGUCGAACUAUCGUCUUGUGGGUCGAAGAGGCUCGCAACCCGGCCAGAGCUCUGUAUGCGUCUUGUGGGUUCGAGCAAAUUGAGCGGCUCGCAGACUACUACGGUCCAGGGCGAACAGCGCUCAAAAUGGAGUUGGCCAUGGUAGAAAACUGA